UGAACCCGUUUUCUUAUGCAAAAGUAAAAGACUAAAAAUGCCACAAUAAAAGGACUGUUUUUCUUAAGAAUAGUAUGGCACAUAAAGCGCAUACGUCUUUCUCCAAUGUGCACGGGGUGAAUUUCAGUCUGCGACACCUUUGGCAGUCGGACAUGGACGGUAAUGCCACUUCAAAACUGCAUCGUUUUGUUGGCCAAGCGGUUUGUUGUAAACUCUGGCGUUAAGGGUAAAUUAACAACAUCCAAAUUUCUUGGUACGUAUCCCAUUUCAUGGCAGAAAGACAAAAAAACCAAGCAGAGCGGCGUCGUUUUCAUGGCUGGGUGUGAGGCAAGUCAAGGUCACGCAAGUAAAUUAAAAGCUGAAAUCAAUUACAUAGUCUUACUGUUCAUUCGCAUAAGGCUAUUAUUGUUAUACAAUCGAUUGAUUUAUCCCGAGUCAGAACUUAAGCUUGUUCAGGCCAGAAUCUCUGUUCUACUGUCGGACUGUUUAUCGCAUCCAGUGAUUGAUGAGGAUAAGCCUGCCCUCGAUUUCCUUGUUAAAUUGAUGGGUUUUGAAGGCAAGAAGUUUGGAGGCGGGCUGAAGGAGCUUUGUGGCGCUGUUGAUCUCGUAAAUCAGUUCAAGCUUUGGCCUCACCAUGAAUUUUUUUGCAAGAGGUCACUCCCUUUGUCAGUAUCUCAGACUCAUUACAUCCAGAAUGUGGUGGGUGACACGGAAAUCAGGAAAGGUGAAGGGAUGGAAUUGGAUCAGCUCUUCCAUAAUACCCCAUAUAUGAGACAGGGAAAAGCACACAUACAUACUUUUGAUUUAGGCGUACUCAGGGAAGCCUUUUGGAUGAGAGACUCUACUCCUAUUGACCUAUCUUCUGUAGAGAAAGGAAUGCCUAUUCCAGCAAUGAAGGCAACGGAUGACUCUACAAAAGAUAAGGAAAUGAAGCACAGAAUGCACAAGAAUAAGAACAAGGAUCAUAACAAGAAUAAACAUCACAAUGACGAUCAGAAGCAUAGAAAACGAAGUAGAAUAGAACUUGGUCCUGAGAUUUGAAGCAACAGCAUAACAAGGGUUUUGCAUGAGUUCUUGUUUAUAAUGCACUGAGCAUUGCAUGGUUUAUAUUGGCUAUGUGCCAACUUUUGUUAAAACUACUUGCCCUUUCUUUGCAUGGUUUAUGCUGAGCAUUUACUUCGUUAACCAUGAUACUUCAUCUAUUAGCUGCUAUUCAACCACUUCCACUUUCUUUA